UUUGACCACUCGACACAAAGGAAGGCACACCAAACGAGAUCAUGAGUGCUGAUAACUUUUUAAAAAAUGCAACAAUCAGCACAAUCAUCCCUUGCGCAUCAGAAGUCAAUCUCAAAAAUGAAUUGGAUCUCUUGUUGAGUGAUGGAAUCUACACAACCCCCUUAUCAUAUAUCCAGCAACGAGACUUGCUAAUCUUUGAUGAGAUUCUGACUGUGUAUAUUGUCCUUCAGUUGGUGAAUUGCACAGACGAUAGCUUGAAGGCGCAUCUACCAAAUGUGUUAGUGCAUUUGGAUGUUUUUGCUGCAAAUACUGCCAUUUCGAAGACCAAAGUUGAAGAUUUUCCCACAAAAGAGCUCAUAUUUUCUGGUUUUGUAAAAGAUUUCAAGGAUUCUCUUGUUAUACAUAAUGCAGGGGAUGAUGGAAAGGAACCCCAUAAUCAAGUAUAUGUUUUAUGGACCAUAGAUGUCUAUUUGCGUCGUCCACGUACUCGCCAUCAACAGCCUUCUGUAAUUUUUCAGGCAUCCGCAGCAUUAAGUUCUUCGACACGACUGCAUGGCACUGGACAGGAUGAUUUCUUACCGAGUCUCACUGCGGGUUCCUUGAAUAUCUUUCAACCUUUAGUUGGCCCUGCUUCGGACAAUUCUUCGGAGAUGUAUCUUCCGGCAUCAAGGCUUUUACAUGUGGCCCCUGUGAAAACCGAGGAGCGAGUCUACAAUAUAUCAGAGUCAUCCCAUAACCCCAUUCGCAUUGUUCCUGUGGCGAGCGCCAAAAUUCGCUAUUCUCGGCUGAAUACAUAUUGCAACCGCCCCGUGGCAAUAGCAAGCCUUGACUUCGAAAUGACUCCAUUCGCAAAACUCGAAACGAGCUUAGAAUCAAUAGAUUUGUCAUUGUCGAGUGGCAUUGUGGAGAACAUGGGUGCAUCCGCAGGGCUUGACCUGCCGAUACUCUGUCGCUCCCGGGAUGAUCUUACAUUUGUUUUUAAGCUGACUCCUAAUCAGACCGAGUGCUAUAAUGCUUCGACAACCGCCAUCCAUUCUGUUCUGGACAUCCAUAUCCGGGCUGUGGUUCUAAUUUCAGAAAACUGUCAGCCGAAAAUUUCGAUGCGCUGGAAAGCCAGCAUAGACUUUUCGUUGCCUCUUAACCCUAUAUUCGGGGGUCCUAGUCAAGUAUUACAACGGAACUGUCGGCCUGCCAGUCUUUCAAUGGCUCCUAGCGAAGCCACUCUCUCUGGAGAUAGAACAACACAAUGUGCCAUUGGGCUUGGUGUUUAUGUGUCUCUAUCAACCCCAACGAGCAUUGAGGUUGCCCAAGGGUUUGACUGGGAGGUUUUUGUGGUUAACCCUUCCAACCGAGUAAGAAAAUUUGCGAUAAUUGUGAUCCCAAUGCGUAAUAGUCUUCAUCGCCAGCGGUUUACUUCACGACAAUCAUCCUCUGCGCAAUCGUUGCAUGCAUUGGAGGUUGCACAUGCAGCUGUUGAUGAAAGCUUCACAUUUUCUAUGGUCAAAACCUCGGUGACCUCGUAUGAAACGGAGCUGAUAUGUCUAAAUCCUGACCUCAAGUUAAGCCCUCUAUUUCCCGGGUCAUGUUAUGCAGCUCUGUUGCCAAUGCUACCACUUUCCUCAGGUCUACUGAAUAUUGCGGCUGUCAAGAUUGUGGACCUAGAAACAAAUGAGUCAAUGGAAAUUAGGGAUCCACCGGACCUUACAGCUUCCUUAGCACCUAAUUUUUGAGCUGAUCCCCCGGUUUGGGACAUCUCUAUUAGCACAGUGGGACACCU